AUGACAAAACAGGACGACCACAAGGACGAUGGUUCGGAAUCUGGUGGUGACCAACAAGGGGUCCGGUGCGGUCGCGAGAAACCAGUAUGCCGCAAUUGCAAAACUUGGAAAGCUGCCUGCACCUAUUCCGAGCGUCAGAAGCGAGAGAAUGAGUCCACGCGGAUUGCCCACCGUUUUGAGGAGGUCCACGAGCGCCUGGACCGAUUGGAGUCCACCAUGCAGCGGAUCGCGGUUGCCCUCGAGCUAUCCAAUAUGACUGCCCACCAUAAUCAGCAGCAGCAAUCCCAAGCCCAAGCCAUUCCUGCACAGCAAUCGUCGCCCUUCGCAAGCCAAAUGAUGCAUAGUCCAAUGGCAACAAUGCACCCGACCCCACCUGGGUUCCCCUCCUUGUUAUCUCCGUCACCAUCUCGAGAAAGUGGUGGGGCUACGACACCGAAUAGGAUGCCGCCAUCAUUUCUAAACACUGCUGGACCGACGACAUCGGCUUCGACCCCCAGGCACCAGCCAGGACAGGCAGGAUCGCCUACCGGAUCCGCCCCACCUAGAACCUUAGUCAAAGACCCAAAGGGGAAUGUUCACUACCUCGGCGCAUCGUCUAUUUUAUCCAUUUCUUCAGAAGCCGAAAGUUUAGCGGAGGCACGACUUAGCGCAGCAGCAGCAGCACAGGCUGGACCAGAUAGCAUUCAGUCCAGCACAGCAGCCGGGGUUGUCGAGGCUAUGAGCGCCCUGCGAACCUUAAAGGGACUCGACAGCAAUAUCGCUAAUUUGCUCCCAUACGAUGGGUACAUGGAGCUGAAGAUGGGUGGCCGAGAUUAUAUUGCGCCGAGUCGUGAUGAAGCUAUUCGUCUCAUUGAUAACUUCUUCACCAAGAUUAAUAAGUUCUUCCCACUGUUCAGAUAUGACAGUUUCAUGAAGAAUGUCAACAAAAUGUAUGAAAAGCCAUCGGCGAUGAGCGAUAGAGGGUGGCUUGUGUGUUUCAACAACGUGCUACUCUUUAGUCUUUACGGCAUGGGCACCAACAAGAAAGAAGAUAUUCAGAUCGCUCUUGUCGAAAAAUACUUUUUCAACAGUUGGGCCGCCUUUGACGAUGUCAGCAUUCUGUUGACUCCAAAUCUGAUCAAUGUUCAAGCUCUGCUGACGCUCGCAAUCGUUGCUCAAGAGAUCUCCAAGCCAGGUCUGUGCUGGAUGUUGCUGUCCCAAGCGUGUAGGCUGGCUCAGGCAAUAGGCCUGCACAGACAAUCUCACCCAGCUCAAAAUUUCUCUGAGGCGGAGGCGGUCGAGCGGCAAUUGGUAUUCUGGACACUUUAUGUGAUGGACAAAGCGCUUUCGCUCACAUUUGGGCGGAGUACUUGUCUUCCAGAUUUCGAUGUUGAUGUCGACCUCCCGGACAAUGUUACUGGCAAUGUGCUUCUCACGCAGCAUUUCUCUGGGUGGGUUUGGCUAGCAAAAAUCCAAAGCCAAAUCUACAUGCGGCUAUACUCCGCAUCUGCUUGUAAAGCUAGUGACGAGGACCGCCAACACGCCUCAAAGGAGCUUGAACUUGAGCUUCGAAAUUGGUGGGCCCAAAAUGGAGCUGGCCUUCAACUGAUUCCCUCCAUUGGGCUUUUCGAGAAGCAGUAUCUUGAGCUCGAAAUCAAGUUCUCCUUUCAUAACAGUAUGAUUAUGAUUCACCGAGUCAACAAAGGUGGCGGCGAGUUGAGCGAGGCGAUCUGCUUGGACUCUGCAAGAACCAGUGUGCAAUUGAUUAAGCAGACUCUCGAGGUCAACAACGACGCCGCCGAUGGUAGUGUUCUUCUUUGGCUCUUCCAAUACUUUCCAUUCACCCCAUUCUUCGUGCUCUUCUCCAACGUUAUUCGCAAUCCUGAGGAAAAAUCGUCCCGUGAUGAUUUUCUCUUGAUGCAACAUGUUGUCUCCUAUCUCGACCGCAUGAAAGCCGCCAAUGAGUCUGCUUCCAAACUCCUUAGGAUUGCAGAAACAUUCACCCAAAUCGCUGCCGUUGUUCUUCGCAAAUUCGAAAAACCUUCACAUUCAGAAUCCCGGAAGAGGAAACACUCUGCUAUCAACACCGACUCAAAAUCUGAAGAUGGGAAGCGAGCAAAUCCUAACUCUACUUCCCGUCCAGGUAGUGUAGGUAGCAUCGACACACCCGUGUUUACAAACUCCGUCUCCCGCCCUGACUCUGAACUACCAACGAUGUUUCCACACGCCUUCAACUUCCUUCGUUGGCCUAAUGUUGGAGGUACACAGUCCGCCACAUCAGGUCGUCCAGGUUCCUCCCACGACAAUAGUAAAGCCUCAGCGUCUUCAACGGCGUCUCUCGGAUCCAACUCUACCGACCCGUCGGCCGCACCACUACAAUUCGACAGUGGGAUGGCUGCAAUGUUUGAGGGAGCUACUGCCGGAUUCGACUUUGACCUCGAAGCACUCAUGGCUGAACCCGUGGACUUCCAGAGCCAAAUGCAACAGGCACAUAGACAGGGGCCUCUUGAUUUUGACUGGUUUCAAUGGGACCAGUACACCCAGGGUCUUACCGAUAGCCCAGGUGUCAGCUUCGCAACAUUAACUGGAAUGAAGUAA